GGUCUCCAAGGUGUGUUAUUGUAGAGGCAUAAAUGGUACAUUACCCUACUGUCUCAAGGGCAGAGAAGUUUAAGCAUUAGUUUUGUUUAACUGUGGCAAAUGAGAAUAAACUUUUUAAAUAGUCUGCUUGAAUUGGAAUUCAUGAGAUUUGUGCUCAUGAAACUACUUGGUUAAAAGAUAGUUUUUAAGUGAGGUAGGAUAAAUUACUAGAGUUUUUUUGAAUUUGAGAUAUAAUUAUUCCUUGAAACGUCUCUAAUUUCUCUUGUAGAUGAAUUUAUGUUCCCAGGGUAAAUCCCUUUAAAAUUUUUUUAAAAGCUUAGGAGAGAGAAGAAUAUGUAUAGCUUAUGGUGCUUUCUAAAAUAUCUUAAAAAGAGUAGCUAAGCCAAUUUGCAUAGGAGGGAGUCUUGGGACUUUAAUAUGGAUAAAGUAAGUAUUCCAGAAGCCAUUUGUAGUUUUUGUUGAAGUGUUAGUAUGGAUAUUGGUUUGUUGAAGAAAAUAGGCUUUUUUUCUUUUUUUGUUACUGUGCAAAUACUUUAAUAGCAAACCUGAUUAAUAUUUUUCAGAUGUAGAAUGUGUGAAGUAAUUUGAUGUCUUUGCUAGUUUAGCUUCUGGUUAAUCUACGUACCCUUUUUUUAAAGGAAAACAGACCUCAGUGAAUAUAUCUUCAGACCCCCACUUUGGGGAACAGUGGUACUUAAGUUUAAGUUGCUUUUACAGAAUUAACAGGUCUCCAAGAAAUUUUAAAAAAGGUCAUUAUUGCUGUGGUUUGAGCUCAGCAUGGCUGUAGUCAUCCGUUUACUGGGGCUUCCUUUUAUUGCGGGGCCUGUGGAUAUUCGUCACUUCUUCACGGGAUUGACUAUUCCUGAUGGAGGAGUGCAUAUAAUUGGAGGGGAAAUUGGGGAGGCUUUUAUUAUUUUUGCAACAGAUGAAGAUGCAAGACGUGCCAUAAGUCGUUCAGGAGGGUUUAUCAAGGAUUCAUCUGUAGAGCUCUUUCUUAGUAGCAAGGCAGAAAUGCAGAAGACUAUAGAAAUGAAAAGAACUGAUCGUGUAGGAAGAGGGCGUCCAGGAUCUGGGACAUCAGGGGUUGACAGCCUGUCUAAUUUUAUUGAGUCUGUUAAGGAAGAAGCAAGUAAUUCUGGAUAUGGCUCUUCAAUUAAUCAAGAUGCUGGGUUUCAUACUAAUGGUACAGGACAUGGUAAUUUAAGGCCAAGAAAGACAAGGCCAUUGAAGGCCGAGAAUCCUUACUUGUUUCUACGAGGUUUGCCUUACCUAGUAAAUGAAGAUGAUGUACGUGUCUUUUUCUCUGGUUUGUGCGUGGAUGGAGUAAUUUUCUUAAAACAUCACGAUGGCCGAAAUAAUGGUGAUGCCAUAGUAAAAUUUGCUUCAUGUGUUGAUGCUUCAGGAGGUCUUAAAUGUCAUAGAAGUUUUAUGGGUUCAAGAUUUAUAGAAGUAAUGCAAGGAUCAGAACAACAGUGGAUUGAGUUUGGUGGUAAUGCAGUUAAGGAGGGUGACGUUCUUAGGAGAUCUGAAGAACAUUCUCCACCAAGAGGAAUUAAUGAUAGACAUUUUCGAAAACGGUCUCAUUCAAAAUCUCCCAGAAGAACACGUUCUCGUUCCCCUCUUGGAUUUUAUGUUCACUUAAAAAAUCUGUCCCUCAGUAUUGACGAAAGAGAUUUAAGAAAUUUCUUUAGAGGUACUGAUCUGACUGAUGAACAGAUUAGGUUUUUAUAUAAAGAUGAAAAUAGAACAAGAUAUGCCUUUGUGAUGUUCAAGACUCUGAAAGACUAUAAUACCGCUUUGAGUUUACAUAAGACUGUUUUACAAUAUCGUCCAGUUCAUAUUGAUCCAAUUUCUAGAAAACAAAUGCUGAAGUUCAUUGCACGUUAUGAAAAGAAGAGAUCAGGGUCACUAGAGAGAGAUAGGCCGGGACAUGUUUCACAAAAAUACUCUCAAGAAGGUAACUCUGGCCAGAAACUGUGCAUCUAUAUAAGAAAUUUUCCAUUUGAUGUUACAAAAGUUGAAGUGCAGAAGUUCUUUGCAGACUUUCUUCUUGCUGAGGAUGACAUUUACUUGCUUUAUGAUGACAAAGGUGUUGGUCUGGGAGAAGCAUUAGUGAAAUUUAAAUCAGAAGAACAGGCCAUGAAAGCUGAACGUUUAAACCGACGAAGAUUCUUAGGGACAGAGGUGUUAUUAAGACUUAUAUCUGAGGCACAAAUGCAGGAGUUUGGUGUAAAUUUUUCUGUGAUGUCCAGUGAAAAAAUGCAAGCUCGCUCACAGUCACGUGAGCGAGGUGACCAUUCCCAUUUAUUUGACUCAAAAGACCCACCAAUAUACUCAGUUGGUGCUUUUGAAAACUUUAGACAUCAGCUAGAGGACUUGAGGCAACUGGAUAACUUCAAGCAUCCCCAGAGGGAUUUCCGGCAGCCUGACAGGCACCCUCCAGAAGACUUCCGACACUCCUCAGAGGACUUUAGGUUCCCCCCGGAGGACUUCAGGCACUCCCCAGAGGACUUCAGGCGACCUAGGGAGGAAGACUUCAGGCGGCCUUCUGAGGAGGACUUCAGGCGCCCUUGGGAGGAAGAUUUCAGGCGCCCUCCGGAGGAUGACUUCAGGCACCCUAGGGAGGAGGACUGGAGGAGGCCCCUUGAGGAGGACUGGAGGCGGCCACUGGAGGAGGAUUUCAGGCGGUCUCCCACGGAGGACUUCAGGCAGCUCCCCGAGGAGGACUUCAGGCAACCCCCUGAGGAGGACUUAAGGUGGCUCCCAGAGGAAGAUUUCAGGCGGCCACCUGAGGAGGACUGGAGACGGCCCCCAGAGGAGGACUUUAGGCGGCCUCUUCAGGGAGAAUGGAGGCGACCACCCGAGGAUGACUUCAGGCGGCCCCCAGAGGAGGAUUUCAGGCAUUCCCCUGAGGAGGACUUCAGGCAGUCACCCCAGGAGCAUUUCCGGAGGCCACCUCAGGAGCAUUUCCGUCGGCCACCCCCAGAGCAUUUCCGGAGACCACCUCCAGAGCAUUUUAGGCGGCCUCCCCCAGAGCACUUCCGGCGGCCACCCCCAGAGCACUUCAGGCGCCCGCCCCCGGAGCAUUUCAGGCGCCCGCCCCCGGAGCACUUCCGGAGACCGCCCCAGGAGCAUUUCAGGCGGCUGCCUCAGGAGCAUUUCAGGCGCUCCCGAGAGGAAGAUUUCAGGCACCCAACAGAUGAAGACUUCAGGGGCCCUCCUGAUGAAGACUUUAGGCACCCUCCUGAUGAGGACUUCAGGAGCCCCCAGGAGGAAGAUUUUAGAUGCCCUUCUGAUGAGGACUUCAGGCAGCUCCCAGAGGAAGACCUUAGGGAAGCUCCGGAGGAGGACCCUAGACUUCCUGACAAUUUUAGACCUCCUGGUGAGGAUUUUAGGAGCCCGCCUGAUGAUUUUAGAAGUCACCGCCCUUUUGUGAAUUUUGGUCGCCCAGAAGGUGGCAAGUUUGAUUUUGGAAAGCAUAAUGUGGGAAGUUUUGCUGAGGGGAGAUUUAUGCCUGAUCCAAAAAUAAAUUGUGGUUCAGGUAGAGUAACUCCUAUUAAGAUAAUGAAUCUUCCAUUUAAAGCUAAUGUGAAUGAAAUUUUAGACUUUUUCCAUGGGUACAGAAUCAUACCUGAUUCAGUUUCGAUACAGUAUAAUGAGCAAGGCUUACCUACAGGGGAAGCCAUUGUUGCUAUGAUAAACUAUAAUGAAGCUAUGGCUGCUAUUAAAGAUCUAAAUGAUAGGCCAGUUGGGCCCCGAAAAGUUAAGUUAACUUUGCUGUAGAGAGAGAGCAUUUCUAAGUUCAGUUAUCUUCCUUGCAGUAUUGAUGGAGUAAAAUACAUUUGUUUUAAAAAAGUGUUUUUUUUUAAAUUAUCUAAUGAAAUAUUUUAUUUUUGACCUGUGAAUAGAACAAAUGUAAAUAGUAGAAUGUGAAUCUGGUUUUCUUUUGCUUGCAAAUUGCCAUUCUUUUUUUUUUUUCUAAUUUAAAAUUACACAUGCUGUUUUUUUCUUUGAUGGGGAGAAAGAACUAAUUCCCUGAGUUCAUUCAUUUUUGUUGAUGUCAUCGGUAAGCUUCAAGACUUAUUGAAGUAGAGUUGUAUUUGGGGAAGAUAUAUUUUAUAUUCACUUUUUUUUUCUUUCUGUAGUCUACAUCUUUUACUCAAACUGUAUAAGGAAAUAGUGACUGAUUGUUCAGGUUUGGCAUUUGCAUUGCUACCUGCCUGCAGAAUUAAUGCCCUCUUCCUUGUCUAAGAUAUUACUGUGUUAAGUGUCCUGUUAAUUAUAAAUAGUUCAAAAUGGACAGACUGUCAACUUGAAAUUUACUUAUGUAAAAAGCUUAGGUGAUUCUUAGGGUUUCCAUGUUCAUAACUUUACAAAGCUUUAUAAAAAUAAAAUUGCAACUUAAUAGAGCUAAUUAACUUGUAUAAAAAGAAAAAAGAAUUGCAGCUCGAUAUUGUGAAGUUUUUCAAUAACCUCAUUAAACCGUAUUUAUGAUGGGAGGGACCAGACAUUCUAUAGUAAUAAUGUAUAGUGCUGUGUAUAAUUCCAUGGUUUCUUCAACAUCUUAUCAACCAAGUAAAAUUAAUACAAGAUACGCAAAAGAUAGUAAAAUAAGAAUCUAAUUAUAGGUGCAAGGGGACUCAGGCUUAUGCUGGAAGAAUCUGACAAGUGGUAUAGUUUGUUUUUCUAGGAAGAAUUUACUGAUGAGUCACAUAACUUGCAUGUAAUAUUAGGUUCUCAUUUUUUAGCUUCGAAACUUUGUGUCCAUGCAAAGACUCUAUAACUGUUAAGACUUGUGUGGUUGAAUUUUGACUUGAUAUUCAGCAUUUAGUGCAUACAUUUUGCAACUAGGGAAUUUGAUUUUCUAUACCCACAAUAAUAUUUAUGGCUAACAUUUAUUAGGCACUUACUAUGUGCUAGGCACUGUAAGCACUUUACAUGCAUAAUCUCGGUAUUCCCUGUGAGUACAGGGUUAAUUAUUUACCUCUAUUUCACAAAUGAGAUAAUGAAGUGGGAUGAAGUGCGAGGUUAAGCAACUUGCUUGAAGUCAUAGGUAGUAAAUCAUGGGGCCAAUUUUAACCCAGACAGACCACUGACUCCAGUUCAUGCUUUUGCUGCCUCACUUUUUUAAGUGGUAUUUUUAAUUAGGAAGACCAUGCUAAAGAUACUUUCAAGGAUAAGUGAUUAUUUUCUCACUUCAAUUGUUGGUUUAAAAUUAGCAUAAAUAGGUAAAACCAGCAUGCUCAAACACUGAGCUCAAACAUUAACAUUACUAAUAAAAAAAAAAAUGAGUGACUUUAAAAGUUUCUUUCUAUCCAGGGUUUCUCUUGGGAUACUCAUAUGGUAUAUUACUGGCUUAUAUUUCAAAAUUAUUCAUUUUAUUCAACAUGAUUGACUUUGGCCUUUUAUAAUUUACAUAAAACAUAAUUUUCCUCAGUUCUGUAAUCCAGAUUUUCCCCAUUGAGUAAAUAAUACAAUUAAAUUUACAUAUGGUAAUUUAGACAUUUAAUAGGAUAUUGCAUAGGUAGAAUACUUUGUCAGUACUUAGUUACUACCUAUAUGUAUUUUUGUGUUACUUUUCAGUGAUUUAAAGAAAUCUAACAGAAAUCUGCUUAAAUUUGUUUUAAAUAGUGAAUAUCCUGCUCGCUAUGGAAUGAAUAAACAGGUAAAUUUGAUAUGAAAAA